CAAACCAUCUUUCAAAGAUAAGAGUUUUUCCAGCAGUUAAACUGUGCUGUGACAGGGUGGGGAAGCAGGGACAGACCCGCUGCCUUCUUCUAACCAGAGACUGAGCAGGGCUGGCAUCAUAUCUUGGGAAAGGAUGUCUGUCCAUACUAAGGCGAGGUUCCUCAAACCUGUACAGGUUUUUUUCUUGUGAUACUGGGGAUUGAACCCGGGACCUUGCAUUCGGUAGGCAAGGACACUGAAUCCUGCACCCCAGCUCAAUUUCCUUUAAAAAAAAAAAGGUAUUACUUUGAUUUUGCCUAAAAGGAUGCUAUAAAACAACUAUUUGCCAUCAACAGUGUCAUUCUUUUUAGUAGAAAGGACCUCAGUCAGUGAUCUAUUCAAAUUCAGAUUAGUCCUGGUGGCUGUGUGUAGCGCUCUUUGGAUAGCCUCUUCCUCGCUGAGCUACUGGCCGGUGAGGACACAGCAUGUCAGGGCAGCGUGUGAGAACUACUUUUCUAGAAUAUGUGCCUGGCUUCUUAAGUUAAAGUAUUUCCAGGACGUUGACAUUCAAUAAAUAGUUGUUGAACGAGUAAAUGAUGACACAGAAAUCCCAGUUAGCAGUCUCAUGUACACAUGUGAUCCACAGAGCCAUCGCGUAUUCCCUUCAGUAUACAGACCAACCCUCAGAAUCAAGCAUUUAGCCACAUUAACUGGUCGUGGAGAGAUGAGCUGGGUAGUGGUGGCAGCUGUAUGGCCGCUCACAACCAGACUAGAACCCAGGUCUCUGGAGUGUUCUGUUGCAUCACACAGGCUGCGUUGAGAUAAAGCCCUGCAGUGUUCUUCCUCCACCCUGUCUAAUCUGGAGAAAAAGCUUACUGUUAAAACUGUUCUUUAUUGGAGACUGAAGAUCACAGGGGAGGUUAUUUCCCCCAGUGUAGGAAGCGGAAGAGCCUCCUGAGCGCAGGCCCUGGCCCUUCCCCUGCGGAAGUCGGAAGGAGGGAUGUGCUCUGCUUGUGUCCACCCGUGUGCUGGGAGCGCCUCUGUCUUCUCGUUUUCUUGGGUAGAAUGAAGACUCCAGUUCUAACGCAGCUGGGACUACAUGAAGAUGUCCGGUUUUGAGCGUCCCCUGUCUUCACGGUGCUGCUCAGUGGAAUCACCUGCUCCAUGGGGACUGCGAGAACUGAUGCUGUGUGCUGAUCCACGUCCCAGGUUGGCUUCCGGCAGCCUGCCCGCCUGUUCUGCGGCACGCGUGACCCUCUGCAUCGCUGAGCUCCCCGGAAACUUUGCACGAGAAGUUACAGGAACGCACACUUCCUUCUGACCUUUAUAAUACACAUUUGCUCUGGUUUCGAAGCCCAGGGCCGCUGGAGGGGUGAGUGACAAGUCUCACAAGUGGCCUUAUUCUGCCCGACUCAGCCCCAGCGGAACUCGAGUCCUACUGUGUGCGCGCCCUCCCAGCAGCAGCCAUGCCGACGCAGUCCCUCCUCGUGUACAUGGACGGCCCUGAAGUGAUGGGCGGGUCCCUGGGCGCCCAGAUGGAACCCGAUGAUGCUUUGUCAAUCAAAGGGGCCCCCGCUGUCCCUUUCCGAGCUUCGCAAGAGAAGAGCAUCAUCCAGCUGGAAGGGUACAUGCCCUUGGACUGCAUGUUUUGCAGCCAGACCUUCACCCUCUCGGAAGACCUCAACAAGCACGUCCUGCUGCAGCACCGGCCCACCCUGUGUGAGCCCGAGGUCCUGCGGGUGGAAGCCGAGUAUCUCAGCCCCCUCGAUAAGAGUCAGGUGCGCUCGGAGCCACCCAAGGACAAGAGCGCCAAAGACAGUGAAGACUUCAGCUGCGAGGUCUGUGGGCAGGCGUUCAGGGUGGCUUUUGACGUGGAGAUUCACAUGCGGAAGCACAAAGAUUCCUUCACUUACGGGUGUAACAUGUGCGGGAGGAGGUUCAAGGAGCCGUGGUUCCUGAAGAAUCACAUGCGGACGCACAACGGCAAGUCGGGCACCAAGAACAAGCUGCACCCAGGCCUCGAGGGGCCUGUCACCAUCAACGAGGUGGUCCAGGCGCACUCAGCUGGGAGCGUCUCGUCUCCUUACAAGAUCUGCAUGGUGUGCGGCUUCCUGUUUCCAAAUAAAGAGAGCCUGCUGGAGCACAGCAAGGCGCACACCAAAGAAGCUGCUUCCGGGAGCAGCAGGACGCAGAGCGACUCUAGGCCGGAGGCAAGCCUGGCUCCCAGGGAGGAGCUGCUGCAGUUUCUAAACCUAAGGCCCAGUGCUCGCGACGAGGCCGGCAGGAGGCCCGCCCAAUGCAUACCUCAGCUCGACCCCUUCACCACAUACCAGGCAUGGCAGCUGGCCACCAAGGGGAAGGUCGCCGUGGCCCAGGAGGAAGUCAAGGAAUCCGGGCAGGAAGGGAGCACCGACAACGAUGAUUCGUGCUCGGAGAAGGAGGAGCUCGGAGAGAUUUGGAGUGGGAGCAAGUCGGAAGGUUCCGGAAAGUCCAGAGUGAAUAAAAGCAGCUACACAGGCCUCUCCCAAGACAGAGAGAAGCCCAGACAUGCCAGUGGUGAAGUGCCUUCCGCCGACGGGGACCCCAAGGCACCCGGUAGCAAGGAGAAGCCCACGCACUGCUCUGAGUGCGGCAAGGCCUUCCGGACCUACCAUCAGCUCGUCCUGCACUCGCGCGUGCACAAGAAGGACAGGCGGGUGGGCGCAGAGUCGCCCACCAUGGCCGACGGCAGGCGGCCGGGCACCCGCUCCCCCGACCUCGCCCCCUCCCUGGACGACGGCGUGGCCCUGGACCGCGAAGGCGGCUCGGAGGACGGCUCUGAGGACGGGCUCCCAGAGGUGCUGCCGCUGGAUAAAAAUGAUGAUGGAGGAAAAAUAAAGCAUCUUACAUCCUCGAGAGAGUGUAGUUAUUGUGGGAAGUUUUUCCGUUCAAAUUAUUACCUCAAUAUUCAUCUCAGAACGCACACAGGUGAGAAGCCGUACAGGUGCGAGUUCUGUGACUAUGCCGCGGCCCAGAAAACGUCGCUGCGGUACCACCGGGAGCGGCACCACAGGGACAAGCAGGGGGAUGCCAGGGCCCAGGGCAAGGGCGCGGAGCGGGAGGAUGCGCUGCCCGCCUCCAGCUCACAGACCAGGAGCUCGAAGCGAUCCUUCCACGGAGCCCAAGAUGUGAAGGGCGCCCCGCCGGCCAAGCUGCCCCGGGACCCGCCGCCUGCCCGCCUCGGUGCUCAGGACAGCAGCGGGAACCCUAGCCCGCGCCCUGCCGCCCUCGGGGAGGAACCCCGGCCUGGCGCCGAUGGCCAGGAGCGGCCCCUGAACCUGUCCCGCGGGGCCCCGCACUGCACCGCGCUGUCUCUCAGCAGAGCCCUGAUCCCCAGCGUCACCUGCCCGUUCUGUACCUUCAGGACCUUCUACCCCGAGGUCCUGAUGAUGCACCAGCGGCUGGAGCACAAGUACAACCCUGAUGCCACCCGGGGCUGCCGCAGCAGGGCCCCACUCAGGGCACGGCGCACCGGCUGCCCACCCGCGCUGCAGGGCAAAGACGUGGCUCCCCUGCCCGUGCCGCCCCGGCCCCGGCCCCGCCCCCGGCCCUGCCCUGCUGCACAGCCCAGGCCCGCGCCGCCCGAGAAGGGUCGCCAGGGCCCCACACCGCCGGCAAGGGUGCCCCCGGCCCCGGGCACUGAGCCCAGCACUUUAGCCCCCAGCAACCUGAAGGCCCCGCGGCCCCACCCGAGCUCCGGAGUCCCGGGAGCCUCCAGGCCACAGCAGCCGGAGGCGUUUCCGAAGGCUGGUAUGCCCUCCGGCCCGGACAAGACCAAGAGAGCCGAGACCAAGCCCAGGGCCCUGGCUGAGGCCCCUGUGCAGCCCCCUGUGGGUGGCGGCGGCAGCAGCAGCGGCGGAGGAGGCGCGACCCCGCCCGGGGACUGCGCCCCAAAGAGCGAGGGGCCCUGGGCUGCGCCCGGGAGAGACUACCUGUGCCACCGGCAGGCGGCCGAGCUCGGGGAGCUGCUGCCCAAGAGACUGAAGGCCAGCGUUGCGGCCCCGGACACUGAGCAGCCCGGGCCCACCUGCAGGCGGAGCUACGACCUCCCCAAGUACCAUGCACCCCGGGGCAUUGCCACGCUGAUGCCGCAGGAGUGUGCGUGCCCGCCAGCGCCCCUGCCACCCAAGCCCCGCUUCCUGGGCCCCGGGGACUCGGAUGCCCCGAGCGUGCAGGCCACGCAGAGGUCCUUUGGCGGGGGGGCGCUGUACACCUGCGCGCCCCCUGGGCACCCUGCCGCUGGGCUGGCGCUGGAAGGAAAAAGACCUGUGUCCUACCAACACUUAGCCACCAGCCUCCUGCAGAAGAGAAGCUACGAGAGUUUUAUUGGGAGUGCACAUUAUCGACCAAAUGACAAAAAGACUUGAUUUCCUAUUGGGGAAGAAAGGUUUUGCCGGAUGUAAGUGCAUACUCUCCGUGAAAUUAAACUUUGGUUCAUCCUCUGAGAAAGGAAAUGGUGAAGCUACUGAAAUAAGCUGUGAUUGUACUGUAUUAGAGCACGCGAGGAGCAUGUGAGGAACACUACAGCUUCGGAAGGUUGUUCUGUAACUUUUGUACCAAAUAGCAAUAAAAACGAGUUGGAACAGUUGGGCCAUACACAGGUGGGGACUGGAAAUCUCUAUUUUGUCCCUGAAUAAUAUUUUUUUUAGAAUUGACCAAAUAAGUGGAGUUUUGCAUCCUUGAGCGCUGCUGAAGAGAAAUCACUGGGGCUGGGGCGGGGGCGGGGAAAGUCUAUCAUGCUUGCAUCUCAGGUAAGAGUCUGUAAAUAUCUAAGUUGUAAACCUGCUUGUUUAAAUACUGUGUGUAUUCCUUUUCCCUGAUGGAGCUCAACACCUGUAGCAUUGUCUGCUGUUUGUGCUCAUUUAAAAAUGUUUGUUUUUAAAAAUUUUCUAAGGGUCUGUAUUGUGUCAAAUCCCCCCAACCUGUUGUCUGAACAAAAUGUUGGCGGAAGUGUCGGGCGUGGCCCUCUCUGAAGACGGGGGGCUGCACCCUGACCCCGUCCCUCAUGAGGCGGUGUCCCUGGGCCUGUCCGGUGUCCCCAGCCUGUCCGCUGAGCUGUUUGUGGAGCUGUUUCCGUUUUUUGCCAUCUGUUGCUUCUGUGGGAAGAUUUAGCUUUUUGGGGAGUGUUUGGCUAAAUUAAUCUAUAAAAAAUGCUAGAUUGCAAAUAGUGAGAAGCAAUUUUAAGGGAAUGAAGGGCCUUGGGGCAGAUGUUAGGUGUGUAUCUGAGAGUCGCAGCCACCAGGUAGUGCAGACGUGGAUUCAGAGUGGGAAACUAGGAAACUAACCGCUGGCCAAGCCCCCAGGGCGGGGCAGGGAACUGGGACCCCGCUGGUCUCCUGCAUAUGAGGCUGUUUCGCCCACGCACAGGCAGUUUGGGUUUUAGAUGGGAGCCCACUUGGCGUUUUAAACUCGUGUUUCUUUGAUGUGUUGUCCAUGGCUGAGUUUUCCCAGCAGUUCAUGAGUUUAGCAACCACAGAAUAUUUUAUGAAGAAACUAUUUCAAAGAUAAAUUUGCACUGCCCAUUUUUUCUGCCCUGCUCCUCUGUGGAGGGCGAAGUGCUCUAAGAAGCCCAGUGUUUCCUUAGGCAGCAGCACGCUGUCCUGGGUCUGCCUCCCGGUGUGGGCUCCCAGGUCGAGCCGGAGUGCACGCUCGCCCAAGUCCUGUUCACAAGCUGAGCCAUAUGUACAUAAUCUAGAUGGGUGUUUUCAUAGUUUUGCACUUUUUAUAGCCUAUUUUUGAAGAUUAGCACAUUUGCAAAAUGAUUGAUUCAGUCUUUGCCUAAUCCAGUGAGUGUUACAGAAAGCUUGCUGGGAUAUAAAUGUAAGUCUUAAAAAAGGGAUGUGGUAACAGCGGGCUGGAAUUUAAAACUAUUAAAAAAAAAUCACCAAAUCUAUGUGAAAACAAAUCAAGUUUGUGUUACGCUGAAAUUUUUGGGCUUUUGUAUCUCCUUUCCAACUACAUUUCUGAACGCAUAAAAAUAGCAAUUUUUUUUAACAGCCCUUUGUACUUCAAAGUAUGUUUGUGUCCAUCAGUAUUAACUAUUGGAAUACUACUGCUUUUGUAUGUUUUUUUCCUUUGAGACAACAGUACAUUUAAUAGAGGUACAAUUCGUUGAAUUUUUGUUGAUGUAUUUAUUUUAUUCCAGUUUGAUUUAUUUUAAUUGUUACUUGUCAAACAGUAGACAUUACUUAUUUUAUUUAUGAUAUAUUUCAGCCUAAAGUUAUGUUAUUAUAUGUGGAUGUAAAUAUAGAUUUGGUGUUUUGCAGUCA